AUGCAGCCUUGGCUUUAUAGUACCUCCACCGCUUCACUUCGUCUGGCCGUCGUCUUUUGGACUUCAGCGUUCAUUCCUUACUGUCUCUCUGCUCCCUCUGAGAAACCUUGUGUUGUACUUUGCGCGAGGAACAACAAUCCAGCUUCCGAAGACGGUCUGCCAUUAUCAACCAGAUCCUUCAUAGACAACACCUACCUUCCAGCCCAGAUUGGCGGCAUAGUCGGAGCAUACGCCUUCUCACUUAUCGUUGUUGCCGCUACUCUCUUGCUGCUUGCAAAGAAGCGUCGCGAGCAUCUUCGGGCCGCUGACGAGGACUUGGAAGAGAUAAAGUACGACUUUGCCUUGCCAAACGGAUUACCAGCCGAUCCUCCACAGCCAUUGGUUUUCACUCCCACAACUCCAAGGUCGCCUAUCAGAAAUUUCUCCUAUCCAGCAAACGCUGAGCAUCAGGAGCCGAGUCCCUACGUUUUUCCCUCACCGGUUUCUUCGACUGUAGCUCUUGGUGUCAAUCCUCUUGUUGACCAGAACGUGGUCGCAGCUGAUCGCGAAAUGGCGCAACAACAGUUGGAGGAAAUGUAUAAAUAUGUCAUGGAGCAGGAUGAAGCAAAGCAGGCUGGUGUUGUUCUUCAAGGACCCCCCGCUCCUAUUUUGAAGUCACCCCCAACGCCUUCUUCCCAAAAGUCGGGCUUCUUGCGCAAAGGGAAGAAGCCGGCAAAUCUCGAGCUCAACGGCGCCGAGGAAAAACCCCAGUCGCGUGCUUCGUCCAUCCUCUCGGCUCUUAAGUCGCCGCGUGGAAAGAAGUCAUCAGUCAGGGCUAUCAGCAUCUCAUCCCCCAUCAUGACACCAAUGUCUGGCACGUUUCCUAGGCACGAGGAGGCAGAGAUGGAGUCAAUUCCUCCCCGACACUACGCACCCGCACCGCCUCCUCCGGUACCAACGGAUCAGUAUCCCUUUGUAUCGCAAAGGAUGACGCGGCCGGUUGAGCCCCUCACGCCACCAGACAUGUCCCCUGAGAGUACUAUGAGCAUCGAUGAAAGGAUCGGAUCUGAAUUCGGUCACAUGCGCAACACAUCAGAAUUGACCGCUGAGGGCGACCCCUACUCUGCAGUAUCAGAAAAGUCAACCACGCCUCUUGUGGGCUUGCCAUCGUCGCCGAAGCCUAGUCAGACACGAUUUCCAUCUCUUCCAUCCUCACCUAAACCAGGAGCCACAUUUUCAAGGGCCAAUGCACCUUCAGCGAUUCGUACCGGUGGUUCGCUACCCCUUCGAGCGUACGAGCCAUCGUUGGCUUCGCCUUCCACCCAGACAACCAAGCAGACUGUCUUUGAGAGGGCACCACUUUCGCCGUCGGCUCUGAGGACGCCUUUUACUGGUGCCGCUCUACCUUACUCGCCAUAUCAGCCGUACACCCCUGUCGUCCCCAUGACCCCAUCUCUGGUCACCAAGGCUGACCGAAAGAGGAUGAAGGCCUUGCAGCCAAAGACACCAACACUGCAAAUGGUCAAGAACGAGGACGAAAUUUGGUGA